CAGCAGCAGGGUGGUGUCACUGCUGUCCAGCUGCAGACUGAGGCCCAGGUGGCAUCCGCCUCAGGCCAGCAAGUCCAGACCCUCCAGGAUUUGAAAUAGGGACAGGAGCAGUGUUGGCCGACACUGUGUGCUUUAUGUGAGGUUCCCAUGAAGAGAGAGAGGUUAUAGCUUUUCAUUGGAUCACAGGUGUAUUCAUGAACUCCAGCUGUUGUAAUUCAGAAAGCAAGUAGUGGAUGAAAUGGGAGUCAAAAGGGAAGAAACACACCAAGAUAAUGAAGUCAAGACACACAACUUAAAAGAAACAAAGCUUAAAGAUUUUCUGUACUUCCAAGAUUACAUUUCUGAUACUCACUGAGUAGUUCUGCAGGUUUUUUUCCUACAUGAAAGAGAGACACAGAGGUAGGGGGUGACCCACCAGCAUGAAGAGAGAAAGUUUUUUUUAUCUGAAAUUGGAAAAGCUACCUGGGAACAGUAUUAGCUCCUGCAGGACUGAGCUCAUUUCUUGCCUGUAUAUAUACAUUGCAGGGAGGCUCAAAUGUGUGUUGCCUAACAGCACACGCAACAGAAAUUGGAAAGAAAUACGUGGUCAUUUCAAGCCUUGAUUUACUUCAGUGUGAAGUACUCUGGGCCGUGCAAAUACAUUUGUCAUCUCAUCAGCUCAUGUAGGAAAUUUGUGAAGGAGCUGAUGAGCCCUGGGCAGCUGUAGCAGUUUAGCAGUGCAUUGCUCACUUAGUAGUUUGGUUUUGCUUCAGGUCUGAAUGGUCUUGCCAGGUGUCAAGUUGAACACAGCAUUUUUUAUGUUUGGAGUUCAAGUAUGAAAAGCUGGCUGACUUGAAUUGCUUGGAUCACUGUGACCUCCUACUUCUCCCUACUUUAUUUUCUUUUUUUUUUUUUUUUUCCUUUGCUUGCCUUAAUGCAUUAACAAGAAUCCUGGAAUGUACAUUUUACUUUCUGCCUGUUGGAUGUAGUACUGCUGCCUGUGCUUCUCUGGCUGACAUGAGCAUGCUUUUAUCUCUGGUAACUCAAAACACACACUGCCCAUUUUGUCAGUGACUUCUGUGUGAUAGCUGCGAGGUUGAGGAAUGAAUGGAUCAAUGUGGCAAGGGGAUCAGGUGACCCCUAGAGCUACUGUGUUCUAUUUAAGGUGUUGAUCCCUGGGAUACAACUGUGGUUGAGUCUGUUUGUGUGUUAACAUGUAGUUCACUAGGGUAUUUGAACUAUGCAAAGGGAAGUUGUUGGGUUUUUUAAGUGAAAUGUGAUGAAAAUCUGUGCUGAUGCUUAGUCUGGUGUUCUACAGUGAAAGUGCUUGAAGAGUGAAUGUUUGGUGCUGCGUAGUCUUGAAUUUUACUGCUAGAAAACCCAUGAACACUGAUUUUUUUUUUUUGUCACGUUGAUCUGGUUUGUAAACAACUGAGAGCGUGCUUAGGAGUAAUUACCCAGCUCAAAAGACUCAUCUCACGUUCCAGCGGAGGUGUGGCUUUCUGUAGUCUUCUCAAAGACACAUUUGGGAGAGUUUGGGGACUUAGAAGAGUGCAGCAGGAAAAGAUAAUUUACAAAAUUCAGCUGAGCAGCAUGGAGAGAGUUGCAGAAACUAAAGGUAUUUGAUACUGGUUAUGAGCCCAGCACUGUGACUCUUGCUGUACCUGAAGUGACUCAGUUCUCUGGCUGGUCAUUGCAUUAAGAUAGGUCCAGGGGCAGCCGUUAAUGGUGCAGGUGAGCGGAGGGCAGCUGAUCACAUCGACUGGCCAGCCCAUCAUGGUGCAGGCUGUGCCUGGGGGCCAGGGCCAGACAAUCAUGCAAGUGCCUGUUUCUGGAACGCAAGGACUGCAGCAGAUUCAGUUGGUCCAGCCAGGUCAGAUUCAGAUUCAAGGUGGGCAGGCUGUACAGGUACAGGGGCAGCAGGGCCAGACCCAGCAGAUCAUUAUACAGCAGCCACAGACUGCAGUUACUGCUGGCCAGACACAGACUCAGCAACAAAUAGCAGUUCAAGGACAACAAGUAGCACAAACGGCUGAAGGGCAGACCAUAGUCUAUCAGCCCGUUAACGCUGAUGGAACCAUUCUCCAACAAGUUACAGUCCCUGUUACAGGCAUGAUCACCAUUCCAGCAGCCAGUUUGGCUGGAGCACAAAUUGUGCAAGCAGGAGCCAACACCAAUACCACCAGCAGCGGACAAGGGACUGUUACAGUGACACUGCCAGUUGCUGGAAAUGUUGUCAAUUCAGGUGGAAUGGUUAUGAUGGUACCUGGAGCGGGAUCAGUACCAGCUAUCCAGCGAAUACCUUUGCCUGGAGCAGAGAUGCUUGAAGAAGAGCCCCUCUAUGUAAAUGCUAAGCAGUAUCAUCGAAUCCUGAAGAGGAGGCAGGCACGUGCAAAGCUUGAAGCAGAGGGGAAAAUUCCUAAAGAAAGAAGGAAAUACUUGCAUGAAUCUCGGCAUCGUCACGCCAUGGCCAGGAAGCGAGGAGAAGGUGGACGUUUCUUCUCACCGAAGGAAAAAGACAGUCCCCAUAUGCAGGAUCCAUCUCAGACCAAUGAAGAAGCAAUGACACAGAUGAUCAGAGUCUCCUAAUCACUGCUAACAUAAAAAUGUAACUGAAUUCCUGUCCCUUCUGCAAGUCUGUCUUACCUUACCAGUGUAUCAAGCAAGUCUUUCAAUGGGACAAUCACCACAUCACAGCCUAUCCUUUUCUACAAACAAACACCACUUUUUCAGUGUGUGGUAAAGAUUUUAACUGCAGUUGACUCAACUUAUAGAAACUUAAUGACUGUCUUGGUAUACUCUUCUGAUUCAGUGCAGGGA